AAAUCCCAUCUCCCUCCGCCAAUCACCGCCCACUUUACAACCCAACCCGACCAAUCACAACCCAAACCCCCUUCUCCCGCCGACCAAUCAGCAAACGAUUCGCCGAAUCCCCCCUCGACCAAUCGCAUCUCUCGAAUGUGACGCAACGACGCCAUUUUGUUUUAUCUCUUCGUGCCAGUGUUUUUCCCUUUGCCUCUUCGCGUGUUUUUUUUUUUUAUUUAUAUAUCUCCCUCCCCCUCUCUCUCUUUUUCUCUCUCUCUUCCUCUUCGCCGUGAUGCGAGCGGGACCCUGCAAAGGAAAAGAGUGGAAAAUCCCGGAUAAAGUGUGGACUUAGAAGAGAUUUCGUGAUGAUUCCGACCCAAGAGGAAGAGGAAAUCCCAGAUGCUUGGACCCAGACGGCGCUCGACCGCGUGUGGCUGGCGACCAACGAGAUGCUGGAGUUGGACCCGGACGUGACGUGGUCCCAGGAGGGGCCCACGCUCUCCAACGACAUUUGGAAGAAGUUCGAGCUGAUCCCCACCCCGCCGCGCUCCCCGCUCAGGGACACCGAGUUCGACCUGGGGAGUCUGCCCGACGACCUGCUGCUCCCCAUUGACCUGCCCCUGCUGGAGGGCGAUGAACUGGACGUGGACCUGGACAACAUUGACUUGGACGAGUUCCUGCUCAGCGGCAGCACCGUGCCGGAGCCCGUGCCCUGCGCGCACGGCCUCGCUCAGGAGAACUGCAACAGCUGCACGCAGCUCGCCUUGGCGGGCUCCGAGCUCCGCCACGACUGCAUGUGGCAGGGCACGUGCACGGCCGAGGCGCACGCGCACCACCACCCGAGCCGCACGCACAGGGACUCGUGCUCACACAUCACAGACAUCCUGAUGGACUCGUCGGGCGCCCUCGAGUACGCCGCGGGAUUCACGCACCUGGCGGACCUGCACAGCCCCGAGGACGAGGCGCAGAUCGAGGCGGUGGCGGGCCCCGCGGGGCUGCACCACCCCCUCGCGCACCAGGUGGCCCGCCCCGACACGCCCUCCGAGUCCUCCGAGACGGACACGGACGAGGACAACGACCACAUGGACGAGGACAUCGAGACCAACCACUACGGCGUGUGUCGCGAGGAGGAGGUCUACACGAGCGAAGAGCCGCCCAACUCCUCACUCGACAUCGUUCACAUCGACCACAGCUACUACUGCUCUAGAAUACCUUCGCCAGCGACGCGGACGUCGUCAACGUCCUCGUCCUCGUCGUCGUCGUCGUCGUCGUCGUCGUCAUCGUCAUCGUCGUCAUCUUCGGCGUCGGUGUCAUCGUCGUUGUCUUCUUCGUCGUCCACCUCCACCUCCUCCACACACACCACAUCGUCGUCGACGUUAUCGUUACAUCGCCGCCAUUACCCAUCGUCGUCGCUUCUCCACACCCCAUCAGACUCCGAGGACGAGAUCGACGUGGUGAGCGUGGGCAGCUCGGAGAGCGCCCAGGCGACGACGCAGAGAGGCAGCAGCGGCAGGAAGCGGCGCUUGGCGGUGGGCGCCGAGGUGGCCGUCAAGAAGGUGGUCAAGAUCCGCACGGGCUCCCUGCCCACCAACCCCUCGCGGCGCAUGCGCAAGCAGCUGCAGCACGCCAUGGCGGCGGGCGUGAAGCGGCGAGGCUCCGGCAGCGCGGCGCACCUGAGACGGGCGGCCGCGUCCUCGGGCGCCGACGCGCACCACAAGACCCCGAAGCGGCUGCACGAGCGCGGCGCGCUGGGCCGCAAGCGCGGCUCGCCCCGCUCCGACUGCGACGACCCCGAGAAGCGGCAUCUGCACAACUCGCUGGAGCGCAUGCGGCGCGUGGACCUGCGCAACGCCUUCGAGGAGCUGCGCGUGCGCGUGCCUGACCUGCAGGACCGCGAGAAGGCGCCCAAGGUGGAGAUCCUGAAGAAGGCGUCCGAGCACUGCCGGGAGAUGAUGCAGCGCGAGCAGAGCCUCGUGCAGGAGAAGGAGCGCCUCAGGAGAUACGAGAGCGAGCUUCGGCGGCGGCUGCAGGCGUUGCAGAGUAGACACUAACUGCGUCGUCGCCUAGGUGUUCGUCUGUAAUUAGUCACUUCGUAGCUGGUAGGCCUAGCGAGAGGGGGGCGCGACGCCGUCCCCCCCUCUCCCCUCCCCGACCACAGUGGUGCCUGCAGAAGGGUCUCGGUGCGCAGUGACGGUGGCCGCCUCCGCCUCCGCCUCCGCCGCGAGCGCCGAGUGCUACGUGUGGCCGAGAGGCUUCGUGCCGGGCAUUGGCACCGGGCAGCGGGUCCCUUCGGCCGAGGCCCCGGCGGUGCCCGCGCGCCGUGCGGGGCCCCCUUGCCUUCCUAUGGGCCGGCGGCGGCGUGGCUCCGCCCACAGACUAAGUAGGAUCCAAAGGGUCUUUCUGUAAGCAAGUUCGCUGUUUGUAUAUACUUGUUUUAUUUACGUGGUAUUAUUAUUAUCAUUAUUAAUUAAUAAUUAUUAUUAUUAUCAAUGCUACUGUAACUGUAAUUAUUCGUCUGAAAUCAAAGGAGAUUUUGUCGCGUGUAGAUAUUUCUAUUUAGCAGUAAGGGUUUGGUCACUGAUGUACCUUUUCGGUCGCCCCGCCCCGCGGCGACCGGCCUGUAAAUGUGUAAAUAUCCAUUGGCGUGAUUCAUUUGUGAUCUAGACAUAUUGUAGUUUCCGGAGGGCGGAGCUUGGCAGAGGGAACACCCCCACCCCCUUUCGUCCUCCCCGGACCACGCCCCCUCCCCUCCCCGCGUCGAGGGGAGGGGGAGGGGGCGGGGAUCGGGGCCCGACUGGGGGCCUUGUCGGUGCUGCUGUAGAUUAAUCACUUUUUGUUGUUAUUGAAAGGAUAUAUAUUUGAUCAUUAAUAAAGGAGUUUUUCACUUUAUAAUCUUUUUCGUGUAUAUAAGAAGAAUGCAAAUCUUUAGGUUUACAAAGGACGAGAUUGGUUCCCUUGGGCAAGCGGUCGCAGUUAUUAUCUUCAUUAUUGUUAUAAUUAUUAUACUUUUUCUUGAUAUAGCUUGGGAAAUUUUGGAAAAACGUUUUUCUCUUACACUCGAAUAUUUUUGUUAUGCCAUCUCCAUGGUCGUUUUGGGCGCGCGUUGCCAUUGUGUGGUUGGUCGAGGGGUCGCUUCUGGGUUGUUGCCACUGGCACCUCCACCCCCUUCGGCCAUCCCUUGGGUUGCCAUGAUUAGGAUUAAGGAUACCCCUCCCCCCUCCCCCCAUCUUGCCUUCCUUUCCCUUCUUCCUCUUUUUUUUUCUCUUCCCUUCUCCCCUCCUCCUUGCCUCUCCUCCUCCUCGCCCCCCUUCCUCCUCCCUCCCUCCAUACAACCCUUAGCUUAAUUAUUUAUCUGUGUUAUUUAUCACCAGGGCAUCAUCACCACCACCAUCUCCCUCCCUUCUCUCAUUGAUAUUCAUCCUCGUCAGACAGAUUUCCUUUCAGUCACCUCAUCCGCAUCAUCACCCGGUUUCAUCUCACUCGCGAUCGCUUCACAUUCAUCGCCGUUGUCCAUCCUCAAUUUUUUUCUCAUAUUUGUCAACAUUUAUUUUUGCCCGAGAUUUCAGUUCACCCCCCCCCCCCAUUUCACCUCGCCUCACCUCGCCUCACCUCAUCUCAUCUCAUCUCACUUUUCGCCGGUCAAUCAUCCUAUGCUCACUGGACCUUAAACCUCGCGUCAUUUUAGGUCAUGUCUCACUACCAGCGUGUUAGGACAGUACCCCUCACUCGCACCCUUCCCUCCCCCCUCCCACCCACCUCCUCCCUCGUCCCCUCUCUUCGUCUCCCCGUCCUUUCUCUUCUCUUUUCUUCUUACCUUCCUCCCUUGCCUCUCCACCCCCUUCCCCUUCCCCUCUCCUCGAAGACGAUGUAAAAUAAUGUUAAUAUUCAGUGUUUGGACCUGACUCCUAAGUGGCUCAUGAGUGGUACUGUACUCAAAAAAAAGCUUUCGUUUUGGGUAUUAUAAAUAUUAUUAUUCACGUUAAUAUGGCGAGACAUAGCUUGUUCUUUGGGCAUUAAGAGGAAAUUUAUAUAGUUGUAUGUAUGUAUUUUUUUUCUCUUUUUUUGUUUUCUUUUUCUUGUUCUUCUUCCUUAAUUCCCACUCGCCUCUUUCUCGUUUUAUUUUUUUCUCUCGUUUUCUCUUUCUUACCAUUCGUGGUAUACCAUAUAUGUUUUUUUUUCUUCUUCCAUUUUAUAUAUUUUUUUUGUUGAAAGCUUGUUACAUAUCCUGUUAUGGAGGUUGGAAAAAAAGUUCAAAAUUUAAAGAAAGAAAUUGUUAUUUAGUUUCAUUGUUUGUCCUCCUUCACAUAAAUUAUUUUUUAUGUGAAAAUUUUUAAAAGGAAAAAAGAUGUGCCUUUAACUUUGAUUUUGUGAUAGUAUUUCCAUAUAUGUAACCGCCAACAAAUGUGUACUUACAUAUUGUGUAUGUAUUCUGUAUCCGAGUCUGUUUUACUUGAUCGAUACGUACAUGUGUGUGUUAUGUAUGUGCAUAUACAUUUGUGCGUGCGGCAGUGUGUAUAUAUAUAUGUUUAUCUAUAUAUAUAGGAAUAUGGUUAGUAUUGAUUUUUUGGAAUUUUGAACGUCGGUUGAAAUUGUGCCGUAAUAAAUUGUGAACGGGGGAAAAAACACGGAAUUAGUGAACGAAGCCUGGCGUGUCUUGCCGCAGAGUUAUAUUGUAUGGUUCCCUCUCCUCCACACUUCUUCGUUCAAUUCUCGCCUCUUUAUCAUUAUGUCUCUCUCUCUCUCUCUCUCUCUCUCUCUCUCUCUCUCUCUCUCUCUCUCUCUCUCUUUCUCUUUCUUAUUCUUUCUUUCUUUCUCGCUUUUCCAUUGUCUUGAGAGCUGGUGGUGUCCCCAUGACCCCCCCACCACCCUACCCCCGCCCAGGAUCCCCUUCCUCUCCCUCCAUUACGGCAGGGAGAUGACUCUGAAAUUAUAU